AUGAGUUCUGUAGCGACUGAACGACGACCACCUAGCCAACAUUCAUUCCCACUCUCCGUAUCACACAACAACAACACCAUUAUCAACGACAACGAGUUUCCUACGCUCGGCGCGCGAGGUACGGCGUCGAGUGGUGGCUUUUCGCCACUACCAACAACCAGUGGCACGCAUACUUCCCAAUCUCCGUUACCAGGAAAGGAACGUAAUUAUGCCACUUUGAUGCGGGGAGUGGAUCCGUCGAUGAGCAAUCCUGAGUUCCAAAUUCAGAAUGAGGAUUUCCCUGCGCUGCCUGGAGCAGUUGCAGGAUCAGACUUGAUGAACCAUUCAACUCAAAGUUCUUUGUUUCAGCUUAGUGCUACAUCAGAAAUGCUGUCAUCUGCCGGUCAGACAGUAGAUUCUCAAAAUGGAACUAAGCCACCUGAAGGUUCAGGAGCCACUAGGGGAAUUAUUACUCAUCCCGACGGCGAAGUGUCAAACAUUCCUCCCUCUAUGCUUGCUGAUCAGUUCGGCAUGGCUGGAUUGGUCACGUAUUUGCGAACCGUGGACAAUCCUUCUAUUGUCAGUUUAGCUCUAGGAUAUGAUCUCACAACUCUGGGGCUUAAUCUGAAUUUAUCCGAAAGGCAGUUGUAUACAACUUUUGGUGGACCAUGGGCGGAUAAUCCAGUACGACCGCAUGAAUUAGACGUCAAGGUCCCCGAAGAGUACAUGACUAAUGCUCAUAUUAGGGAUAAGCUACCUCCUGUUAAAUUGAACAAGCUUUCAGAAGAUGUCUUAUUUUAUCUUUUUUACAAUUGUCCUGGUGAGGUUUAUCAAUUAGCUGCUGCUUGCGAAUUAUAUUCACGAGAUUGGCGGUUUCAUAAGGGCGAUGGUAUAUGGCUCACAAGAUCCCAAUACGGCGGAGUUAAAGAACAAACUACCACGUAUGAAAAAGGACAGUAUAAUGUGUUUGAUCCUCUGCAGUGGCGAAAGAUUCCCAAGGAGCUGAAGUUGGAAUAUAAGGAAUUAGAAGAGAAAGCAAAACUUCCUGCAGCAUUCGGUGCCACAGGAACUUUAACAGCCCAAAGACCUGCAUCUUAG